AUGUGCAUGCUGCUACUCGUAAGCCUUGCCGCCUUAUCACAACGCCCUGGUCCACAGAUUAGUAGCAACAACGGGUAUCCUCAAGUUGUGAACGCACUCGAUCGAUCCAAGGACUUUGGAAAUGCUACGAUUCCUAGGUCACAUUCCCUGAUCACUCGUAAGUUGCCAUCUCAAACGGGUGGGGAGACUGCAGAUGUGUCGACACUCUAUGGGAAACCCUGUCCCCCGGAUCAGCUGAAGGCAUUCGUUGACUACGGCCGCUUGUUCUUGCAGGCUGCCAUGGAAGCCGAUGUCGACGGGGCGAAUCGAAUCUUGAUCAAAGAAUUCGGCGUGAUCGACCCAUUUGACACGGUGCUUAUGAGUCCUGUGAACCAAUGGCAAAGACCUCCACGUAUGUUCGCCGGACCUCUCACACUUGCACGCCAAUGGCAUAUCCUUGACUGCAGUGAGCGCAAAGAAUUUGAGCUCCGUUGGCCGUCCAUCGCGCCUGCUAUAGGGACCCUACGGAUACUGGUUUACUGCAUCCUCCGCCACACACUUCAGAAUACGGGCUACAACAUUGCGCUAGAGGCUGAGGAAGCUAAGAGCGGUGCAAAAUACACUAAUGUGUACAAUAUCCUUGACGGUGUCACGGUCGUACAGUCCGUGGUAAGCUCGCACCACGCUAUGCAUGGCAAUUCUCACGGCCAAGCUUUCAAGACGAACCUGCCACGAAUACCUCACCAUUCCGAAAUGCUGUGGGCAAUGUGGGAGAGGCUUCAUGGUGAACACCGGACGAGAUAUGGUCUAAAUGCGAAACAAGGGAGGGAGCAGCCUGGUUUGAGACGUGAUCUGUACUGGGACGCGCUUGAACGCAUUGUUCCAAUCGGCGGCAUGUAUCCGCAGGCAAGACAGAACAUUCACGACGACGACAUCAUCACUAUGAAGUCUUUUCUUAAUCGGUACGUCGUCCAGGCGGUAGAAGAUGUGGAGAUGGACGAAGUGAUCGCCUCCUCUCUACAUUCACGAGGCUGGGGUGAGUAUGAGAAAGGCUGGUCAAGAUGGGACCAUCAGGAGAAGUUCUCGGUGGGCCACUGGUGCUUUUACGCCCUUCUAGCUCAACCCUUCAACAGAAGCGUAGCCUUCCUCCUAAUCCAGCACAAGAGCCCGACCAUGCUGCGCAGGAAGAUGUUAAGGUCAGUCAGCAUACUCUACGGGAAGCACUUCCGUGAGGAUGCUAGCGACAUGCUAAUCGCUCAGAGGCCUAAUUUCGCGUGGGAAAUCGUGGACGUCCACCAAGACGUCAUCGACUUGAAGGCCACCUUUGAAAGCCGCUGGGUCAAUAUGAACUCCUGGGAGCACUUCGCCGAGACCAUCCCAAUUGCUCAUCCAAAUCCAGGAUUUGGUCUUGAUCUGAGUGGUACAGGCUUGACCCCAGGCCCUGGUCAUGGAGGCCUGACACCAGGACCCGGCGACGAGGGCUUAAUACCCAGGCCAUAUGUGUGA